CUUCAGAGAUAUGGAAGUGGUUUGGUUUGGUUUGAAUCUUGAUCCCUUCUAUUUCUCUGUUUGGCUUAUACUUGAUAGGUUAUGUAUUGGUUUUCUCGUGUUUUCGGUGUUUUCAUGUGCCAAGCGAGCUUAUCUCAUUUUUAUCUCAAUGAUUUCAGAUUUCAGUUUCUAUUUUUAUGACUCGUGUAUAUUAUUAACCGGUGCGAGGUGUGACAUUAUUAUUCGCAAGUGUUGUGCACAGGUGCUCCAAGGUUUUUCCGACUAUUUAGGGAUAUAACUUUGAAAAAAAAUCUUGAUAAAGGACGGAAAGGAACAUAAAUACCUCAUCAGCCAUAAGAAAAUAAAGCGAUAAUAAUCAUUUGAGUUAUAUAAAUUCCCAAAGAUUCUUCAGUUUUUAUUUAGUUCAUUUUCAUUUUUCAACCAACGCAAAGAUCCUAUACAGAUCCGAUAUAUCUUUCGGACUUUAUAUUUAUUUGCGGGGGAGUUGACAGAGGAUUCUAUGCAUUUCUUUCGUUAUUUCAUUUUAUUAUUUGUAAUAAUAAAUUCGAUAUUGUCCAAACCAACUCUUUUUAAAGAUGCACUGGAUUAUUGUAUUUAUACACCUGUUGGAAAUACAACAAAAAAUGAAAGUGUACAACUCUUCAGUAAUGACUGGUUAGUAGAAGAAAAAGAUUUUAAAAUAAGUUUUAAGUUUUGUGGUGAUAAUAAUGGUUGUCCUAAAGGAUCCAUAGCUUGUGUACAUCAGUCAAAUGAAAUUACUGUUCAAAAAUUAGGCAAUAUGUUUGUGAUGGAAAAUGGGACGGUAUACUCGAAGAAUGGAGAUUUUUGUAAAAAAUCUAAGAACUAUUCGUUGGUGGUUCAUUUUACUUGCAACAUAACAAAGGACGAGCCUGUCUUUACGAGUGUCAGUUCUGACGGAUGCGAGUACCAUGUUCAAAUGACUGAUCCGAAGUGUAAGUCCCUGUGUUCAACUGUCAUCCAUGGCAAACUAGUCAGCUUGAACGCUCUGGCGGGAAUUUACACAGUUAAAUCCAAAAAAAGGAACUUCAGCAUUACUUUGUGCGAUACGGAUCCGGUAUGCAACCUGACAGACAUAAACGCUUGUGAAUUGGAGGGCCUUGCAAAGAUACCUAUUUCAUCCGCUUCGGGACUGAGGUUAUUCUACGAUGGUGACAAUAAUGAGUUUGUUUUUAAGAGCAACACUAAGAAAAUGAACGAUAUGAACAGCUCUAAAAUUGAUAAACGAUUUGAGUUAACUUUAAAAUGCGAUUGGGAAAAAGACGUAGUACUAUCAACUGAUAUAAAAUAUACAGAGAAGCAAACUCAGGGACAAAAGUAUGACUUUGAAUUGGAGUCAUCAUUUGGGUGCAUCAAGAAAUCUGUUCCAUGUGUGCUACUUGAUUCAAAUUUAAUUUAUAACAUUUCUGGUCUCUAUACCGAACAUAACACAUGGUCCACAAAAAAUCACAAUGGAAGCCUGUAUUUCCUGCAAAUAUGUGGCCCUAUCGAACUUUCAAGGACCAACAGGUCAUGUAGAAGUACGCACGCUCAAAUUUGUGAAAACUUUGGACAUGACGACAUUAAUAGAGGCGCAGUUUUGAGGCAUUUGGAAGUACACAAUGACGUUUUGACAGCUACGAUAGAAAACGGAAAGCGUUGCAACAACGAUGAGUACUACAGCUCCUCCAUCAAUUUCAUUUGCAACUUUAAAGAAGAAGGCCCUAGUUUUCUGGAUCAAAAGGGAUGUCGUACGUUUUUUCAAUGGAAAACACCACACGCCUGUCCUCGAAUGAACCCAGCAAGUUGUGCCCAUAUGAAAAGAGAGUCUCAUAAGUGCACGUUUUAUCAUCGUAAUAGUAUUUACGAUCUGACAGCUUUGGCUGACGUUCAACGUUCGAUCAAUCUCCAUGAUGAGCAGGAAGUACUGAUUAAUCUGUGUGGUUCUGUGGUGGACCGAGAAGCGCCAUGUUUUAAGGGCGCCACGAUAGCCUUGAAGACGUUCAAGGAAACGAAUAUAAAACACAGAUUAGUUUCUCUAGGGAAGUUUUAUGUUGAUAUCGUCCGUGACGAAAACCUGAUUUUAGAGUAUGCAACCGGUGCUCUGUGUGAGAAAAAUUAUGUCGAUUAUACCAGCGAGAUUCGAUUCAAAUGCAGUCAAGUAGAGAAAAAUCCUAUUCUUUUAGAGGAAAGGGAUUGUCGUUAUGUGUUUCUUUGGGAAACUAGACACGCUUGUCCCAAAAACCACAACGAUUGUUCUAUUGAAGACAAAUAUAAUGAUAAAAAAUUAGAUUUGAAUCAACUAUCACAAUUACAGCUAGGUGUCUCGACGAAAGCUGCAGAUUACAAGUUUAAUCUCUGUGAAAAUAAUUAUACAAGAUGUUUGACUGGUAUCAAUGAAAGUUGUGCGAUAAUGUUUUUCAAUCAUUCCAAUGUUAAAAUACUGCCGGAUGUAGCAACGUUGCAAUGGACGCUGCCAGAGCUAUGUGAAAACGACAAUCAGUUGUUUAAUAAAUUACUUUUCCAUUUUGUGUGCGAUAACGUUAUCAAGAGUGACCGUGUCAUAUCAAUAAACAUUACGAAUUGUAGUGCCAACGUAGAAUAUCGCACAAAUUUGGUCUGUUCUACGGAGACAGCAGUCGAUGCAUAUCAACCUUAUAUUGAAAAUAAGGAGAGAACUUUCCCCAAACAUGUUCUCUCAAGAAAAAUUUUAAGACCUGAACAAAACCUAUCGGAUUGCUUGGUUAAAAGUCCGUUUACCAAUGAAUAUUUUCCUUUGAAUAGAACAGUACUGAACUAUAUACAUCGUAUUACACAUUGUCCAAAGGUUGAAUUUAAUUCCAAAUACCAGUAUGUGUCUGUCACUUAUAACAGCGAAGACAAAUGUGAGACACUGCCUGAUACAAAUGUUUUGUAUGAGACUGUCUUCAAAUGUUCCAAAGAAAGCUCUAUUGUACCUUUUAAUGACAGCUGUUACAUAAGUAAUAACUACUUGAGACCUGACUACUGUAAAUUUUUCAGUUCUCGGCGUCCUUAUGGGUCUACACAUAUCGGCCUAAUAGUUGGACUAUGCCUGAGCUUGUUAGUUAUAGUUUCCGUUAUUGUGUUCAUGUAUCUGAAGAAAUUUCAUUUUAAUUAUAAGCCUUGUGAUACAUACAGUGCAGAAUAUAAAAACGUCCAAGACUAAGCUUCUCCAUGACAGACGGCAUAAAUUAAUGUUCCUCCAACGACUGACAGUACUGUCAAACCUGUCUGGAUAUACAGACAAGAUAGAUGUUCCUCUACAAAAUGGUAUACGAUAAAGUAGGCAGGUAACCAAAGGCCUAUAAAGGACGAAAAAUGGCCAAAUAAUACAUUAAACUUAAAAACAACAAUUGUUGACUUGAGACUCUUUGACGUAAUAGCUUGUCAAAAUUAAUAUUUAAACGGGAAAAGGUCUCAAAAGUUCGUUUAAUGAUUUAUUGUGUGAAACUUUUUAUUUUUUUUCUUAUUCGUUGUUUAUGUUUUCUUUAUUUAUAUACCGUAUGAUCGAAAAAAAUGGGGUUC